ACAAACUCAUCAUAUCCAGAACAAAGCAAUUCGCAAUCCCUCCAAAAUCGAAUCAUUUCGAUACCUUUUCCAGAGAACUUCAAACAUUCAGCAAUGGAUUCCACCAAAGCAACCAAGGGAGCCGGAGGAAGGAGAGGCGGCGACAGGAAGAAAUCCGUGACGAAGUCCGUUAAGGCUGGGCUUCAGUUCCCUGUCGGUCGCAUCGCUCGUUUCCUGAAGAAGGGAAGAUACGCUCAGAGAACUGGUACCGGUGCUCCGGUCUACCUCGCUGCUGUGCUUGAGUAUCUCGCUGCUGAGGUUUUGGAAUUGGCUGGAAAUGCAGCCCGUGACAACAAGAAGAACAGGAUCAACCCCAGGCACGUUCAAUUGGCUGUGAGGAACGACGAGGAGUUGGGGAAAUUACUUCACGGUGUUACCAUUGCCAGCGGUGGUGUUCUUCCCAACAUCAACCCAGUUUUGCUACCAAAGAAGUCUAAGGCUGCUGAAGCUGAGAAACCUGCACCCAAGUCUCCCAGAAAGGCCUAAAUGCUGGAAGAGAAUAGAUUAGGGGGAAAAAGAGUGCAGAGAUAAACUAUUCAUAUUGUAAUGCAAUGUAGUUUUUGCUAUUCUGUUGGGUUUUGUAUUUUUCUCCAGUUUCUUUUGUUUUUGGUUUUGGUGCAAGUAUGUAGAUAUUACUAAUUCAGUGUUGUCAACAAGCCGACAGACGAAUGGACUGUUACUAAUGGAAAAUUUGUCUAUUUAUUUGAUGGCUA